GGGUGACCAAUUUUGAGAUGCAAACAUCUUGUUUCCAAAUGCCCUUUAUUUCAGCUUCUCCGGCGACUCAUCUGACCGCUGCUUGCACAUGGGCUCCUCCACAAUCCACGGUUCGGCUGUGAUAUUCAAGGUACACCGCCUCAAGUUUCAAGCCUGCUACAUAUUUCAAACGCGGCCCACGACGAAUACCCCCUUCGAGCUCUCAAGCACCAAUGUCUGCCUCGACCUCAAAGAUUCCCAAGAAGCGUCGCGACCUACUUGAAUCAGGUCUUGCAUGUCUGGUGUGUCGCUACAGGAAAAUUAAGUGCGACGGCAUAAGGCCGACGUGUGGACGGUGUCUUAGGCACAGGAAGUUAUGCGGGUAUGCAGAGGAAACUCCUAGGGCCAGGGUUAAAAGGCUAGAAGAGACGAUACAGAGCUUGGAGAGCGAGAUAGCCGCACUCAGAUCUAACUCGAGUCUGCCUAUUCACAGCGCGGGAGGCACUGAAAGCCAUUUAAGCUCGCGGAUUUCUUGGCUGGCCACCUUGCCUCUGCUUGAGAGGAUGCAGCAGCUCCAUACCCCCAAGGGACUCCAUGUCCCCGAAACCAUACCCAUAUUUCCUGUAUCAACUCUCUCUUCCAACAUUCCCUUCGCGUCUGCAGAAGAGCAAUCAUUUUCUCAUCCGGGAGAGGCUUACCCAAGAGUUAUUACUCGCGUGGCGGUAGAAAGCGCUCUGGUGAAUUGGGACAUUCAGACAGAAAUGCCAUGCCGACUCCAAGAUUAUCUUCUUCGUAUCUUUUUGGCCCACCGUUUUCAAUUCCAUUCUGGACCGCUUGUUGCAAGGCUGCUCGAAGGCGUACCUUCGUCUCCUACCUAUGGCAGGACCCUUCACCCCUCCCUUGUGAAUUCGGUAUGCCUUCUUGCUUGUCAUAUUUCUGGGGGCUCCAUGUCUUCCCACGAGCCUUUCUUCGUAGCUCGGACGCACUCAGAGCUGGAGGCGUCACUGGCUUUCGCCGAUCGUCUUAUGGACCUUCUUCUCGCUUCGACUCUGCUUGGAGUUUACUUCACUCGCACUCGUCGAUAUCCCGAAGCUUACACAACCUUAUCUGGUGCCAUUCGAUUCACUAUCGCUUGCGGGCUGCAACCAUUGACUGUGGCUCAGCGUCAAAGUGGUAGUGCGGCUUUGCUACCUCCGAGAAAUGAUCUCGAGAUGAUUGAACAGAGGCACGCCUGGUUUGCGCUGAACGUGGCGGACCGCAUACUUACAAGAGAAUCGGGAUUGCCCAGCUCUUUACCUGAGGGUGCGUUUGCUGAAAUCCAUAGUUCUGCAUGUGACAUCAACUUUCAAGCUUUCCCCGUUAAUACAUUGCAAGCCUCUGACUCUGAUUGGUUUCAUCACUGGGCCUCGCCUAGCGUCCUUCUUAAUCCUGGCGUAUUCGACGUCAGUAGGGGAAUAGAUCAUGUUUGUCUCAGAGCCAGGAUGGAAUUGCUUUUUGAGGGCAUACGACUCUUCCGUGCGCACAACAGGGAAGACGCUGAAACUAACCCGGUGCGAAGGUCAAGCAUUCCAUUCUGGCAAACAUUCAACUUUCUGGAGGCAUCUCUCUUUGAAUAUCAGAAAACGGUGCUAUCAUUAAACAGAAACUUUGGCCUCGUAAAUGGGGAGUAUAGUGAACUUGGAUUUGGGUGUUCAAUUCCCCAAAGCGGAGACCCCAACGGGGGGGCGGUUUUUGCCGGCAGACCCAACCCAGCCCUUUUUUCAGCCAAAGUGAUGAUGUAUUCCGCGAUGAUCAGCUUGCAAAAUGUUCUGCUCGAAUCCUCUUAUGUUUCAGACAUAUCUGGAGAGGGAAUGAUCCCUGAGGCACGCCGAAAAGCUGUGCAGGCGGCGAACGGGAUGGCGGUGUUGCUCAAGCUUGUAAUAUUUCCAUCCGCGAGCGUGACAGACCAGAGCCGAACGGAGGCCGUCUACUCCCCUAUGUCAACCAUUUACAGGGACGUUUCACUCUUGGUGGGUAUUCUACAGAGUCUAAGCUUCUUAUUAUCUUUACGUCGAGUUUUCCAGCCCCAUGUGUGGGACGCCUCUAUCGUGAUGGCGCGCGAGAUCCGAACAUCCCAUAUUUCGCCCGCCAACGAAGCCGAGAUUGACAGGCUGAUAGGGAACCUCGACAUUUUCCAGACUCUGGUGACUGUGUUGCGGGAUUUAGGGGGAUCCAACCCAAUGGACAACGAGGUACAACGGCUCAUUGGUGAUUGUGUUCGUGCAUUUCUGGAUUUUUCGCCACCCGUCAGCACGGGAGUGGGGCAGUAUAGUGACAAGAUUCCAGCCCAUAUGAUGUGUAGAGAUAGUGGACCCUAUAGCUUCAAUUGACUACUAGGUCUCUUCAGUGGAGCUGAGAAAAGAUGGUCGUGACCGUGGAGCCGUGAAAUUGUCGCCUGGGUGAUACAAAGGACAGGUGUUGCAACCGGAACUGGUCAGCACAAUCUCGCCUCCAUUCAUCGUAAUGGACACCAGCAGAUCAAGGUGGGGCCGGAGAACAGUGGUCAGCAUGCUGAAGCGCAAGGUAGACGUAUUUGCUGAGGGGUCAAACGGCAAGUUGAAGUGAGAAAGGAGAUGAUGGAAAGCAGCUGAUAGCAAGGAGACCAAGA